AUGAGUCUGGUGGGGGGCUUCCCCCACCACCCGGUGGUGCACCAUGAGGGCUAUCCGUUCGCCGCCGCCGCCGCCGCCGCCGCCGCCGCCGCCAGCCGCUGCAGCCACGAGGAGAACCCCUACUUCCAUGGCUGGCUCAUCGGCCACCCCGAGAUGUCGCCCCCCGACUACAGCAUGGCCCUGUCCUACAGCCCCGAGUACGCCAGCGGCGCCGCCGGCCUGGACCACUCCCAUUACGGGGGGGUGCCGCCGGGCGCCGGGCCCCCGGGCUUGGGGGGGCCGCGCCCGGUGAAGCGCCGGGGCACCGCCAACCGCAAGGAGCGGCGCAGGACUCAGAGCAUCAACAGCGCCUUCGCUGAACUGCGCGAGUGCAUUCCCAAUGUGCCCGCCGACACCAAGCUCUCCAAGAUCAAGACGCUGCGCCUGGCCACCAGCUACAUCGCCUACCUCAUGGACCUGCUGGCCAAGGACGACCAGAACGGCGAAGCGGAGGCCUUCAAGGCGGAGAUCAAGAAGACAGAUGUGAAAGAAGAGAAGAGGAAGAAGGAACUGAACGAAAUCUUGAAAAGUACAGUAAGCAGCAACGACAAGAAAACCAAAGGCCGGACGGGCUGGCCGCAGCACGUCUGGGCCCUGGAGCUCAAGCAGUGAGAAGGAGGAGGAGGAGGAGGAGGAGGAAGAAGAAG